ACAGGGUCGCAUAGUCCUUUGGCCACAAGUAUAUGUCCUUAGUCUUGCGUUCCCACAAACUUUGUUACUGAUUAAGAACAACACAUGACUCACUUCAAGACUUCUACUUGUAAAAGGUUGUACUGUUGAGAUUUUAACUGAACCGACUUAAUAAUGCAUUGGAGGAAUUGGCGUUUAUUCAUCUCGCCGCUGCUUUGGAAUGUAAUUUUAAGGAUUAGGUUUGUCGAUAACCGUUUGAAUAUAUGUUUGCUCUUGCCUUGGUUGAAGAGCUGAAUAAAUGGAGAGGCUAACAACAGGCUGGCUUGUACACACAGUGAGAGAGAGAAAGGUGUGGUCGGGGCUGUUGAUUGCCAACAAAGUGACUAUCGGACAAAGCAGGUGAGGGCACACAUAUUCUGAUUGCUGAAGGAACAGACGGGAGAUUCCAAGGUUGUAUUUUGGACAUCUGCCUUACGCUAGACACACUGAAAAAGUUGCGUGGCCAGAUUUACCAUGGAUGUGGUUAAGGAAAAUGUUCCCGCUUAUGAUAACAUCGGCUUUCAGCACGAGGAUACAAGACCGCCGCCGUACGCCCCGCGGGCUGGGAUAUACCCCUCUCUCCCUCAAGCCACGCCAAGUUAUGUCAUCACCCACGCGCCCGAAAACACCUUCCAGUCUACACCGCAGGAAAACGUUCAAAACAAAGGAAGAAAGAAAUGCAAUUGGAGCCGCAUCCUGUCUCUGUCCAUAUUUGUCCUCCUCAUCCUGGCGGUGCUCACUCUCCUGCUGUGGUACUUCUUGUAUUACCAAUGUGCAUUAGGGAGGUCCUGCCCAAACACUGGGAAGUGUCUGAGCUUUUCCCAGUGGUGUGAUGGAGUCAUAGAUUGUCCUGACGGAGAAGACGAGUUCAAAUGCUUUCGUCUUCAUGGAGGCAACUUCCUGUUGGAGAGUUACUCGUCACAGAGCCAGUCGUGGAUGCCAGUGUGUGCUGACAAGUGGGACGACGACUACGGGAAACUUGUGUGCGAGGAGAUGGGUUACAAGAGGAACGAUUAUGUGACCUACAGCAAAACCAAUGCAAAUUCUUUGGCCUCCAAAGGCUUCAUGAGGCUGGUGCCUGGAAGUGACAAAAAAUCACAUAUUCUAUCCCAGCUAUCUCACAGUCUAAUUUGCUUGGAGAAUGCUGUCGGGCUACGCUGUAUAGAUUGUGGAAAUACCUCUGUGGCCCCCAGCAGUCGCAUCGUAGGUGGUACAGAGGCUUCAGAAGGAGCCUGGCCCUGGCAGGUCAGUCUCCAGUCUGUGGAUAACAGGCACAUUUGUGGAGGCUCCAUCAUCAGCCCACUCUGGAUUGUCUCAGCUGCACACUGCUUUGAAGAUUUCUCAAACCCCUCAAAAUGGAUCGUGCGCUCAGGCGACGUCAGCUUGUCGAAAAUGAAUUUUUACGACGGCAACAAAGUUCGCCAAAUCAUUAGCCAUGAAAAGUUUGACUCUGAAACCAAAGACAACGACAUUGCUCUUCUGAAGCUGGACGAACCUUUGACAUUUUCAAGGACGGUAAAGCCGGUGUGUUUGCCUAAUAAUGACAUGAAGGUCAUAGCUGGAACUCCAGCAUGGAUUACAGGUUGGGGAACCUUGAGUUUUUCUGGGCAACUUCCAGACAAACUCAAUCAGGCUGAGGUCACCAUUUACAACAGCGAGGACUGUAACAAGCCCAACAUUUUGGACGGAGCCAUCACUAAAACCAUGAUUUGCGCUGGGGAACUGAAGGGAGGCGUGGAUUCAUGCCAAGUCUAUUUUGGCUGUCAAAGUGUACCAACUUGUCAGAAUACGUCCUCAUCCUUCUCCUAUUCAGGGCGACAGUGGAGGACCCUUGGUGGUCAAGGAGGCAGACGUGUGGUGGCUGGUUGGAGACACCAGCUGGGGGAUUGGGUGUGCGUUGAAGAACAAGCCAGGGGUCUACGGCAACGUGACUCACUUUAUUGACUGGAUAUAUCGGCACAUGCAGAGUAAGUGAUGCUGGUGAACAUGAAAGGCACAUCUUAUGACUAUGUGCCUUUAAUGGCCAUACACACUAUGCACUUUGGAGUUGAAAUAUUGGUAAACACUGAAUGUUUCAGUUUGAACAAAUGUAUAUAAAUAAAGAUUUUUUUCACAAAAUAACAAAU